AUGCGCCGACGGUCGGCAGGCGGCGGCGGCGGCGGCGAGUGGAUGGAGGCCUCGGCCACCGGCCGGCGGCGACGGCAGGGCUGGCGGCGGACCCCGGCCGCAGGCUCCCCGCUCACCUGGGCCGCGGUCGUCCUCCUGCUCUCCGCCUUCGUGGCGCGGGCGUCCCCGUCAGUUGGAUCUUUGAUUCGAUUACCAAGAGGUUUUCGCUUGACCCAAGAUAAGGUGAAAAUAGUGGGAUCAUCAAAUUUUCCAGCUUAUCGUGAGCCUCAUUAUUAUUACCAGUUCACAGCUCGAUAUCAUGCAGCUCCCUGCAAUAGUAUCUAUAACAUUUCUUUUGAGAAGAAACUUCUUCAGAUUUUAAGCAAAUUGGUUCUUGACCUUUCAUGUGAAGUUUCUUUGCUGAAGUCGGAAUGCCAUCGUGUUAAGAUGCAAAGAGCUGGUUUGCAAAAUGAAUUGUUCUUUACAUUUUCAGUUUCAUCUCUAGACACUGAAAAAGGACCUAAGCCAUGUGUGGACCAUAGUUGUGAAUCUUCCAAAAGACUGUCUAAGGCUAAAAAUCUUAUAGAGAGAUUUUUUAAUCAACAAGUAGAAGUUCUAGGCAGACGUGCAGAGCCAUUGCCUGAAAUAUACUAUAUUGAAGGUACUCUCCAAAUGGUUUGGAUUAAUCGCUGCUUUCCAGGGUAUGGAAUGAAUAUACUGAAACAUCCAAAAUGUCCUGAAUGCUGUGUGAUCUGCAGCCCUGGGUCUUACAACCCCCGUGAUGGAAACCAUUGCCUUCAAUGCAAUAGCAGCCUGGCGUUUGGAGCAAAAGCAUGCUUAUAGGCCAUGAGUUUGAGAUCUCUAGUGGUUUGUUAAACACAAAAGUAUAUUUUUGAAAUAUUAAUACAUAAUAAAUCACUAUUAUGCCAAAAUUAAAUAUAUUAGAUUUUACAAAAUACGGUGUCAUCAUUUUAAUUGAAACAUUGCAUGUCCAAAUGCUUUACGAAUGGAGCACCCACUGAUCUUUGUACAUUAAUGCCAGAACUACGUAUGACUUCAGAAUAUUUCUUAGAUCACUGUUUUUUAAAAAGGGUUUCAAAUAUACUCUAUUGGUGUUAGCCCAGAAGAUUUUUCAGGAUUAUAUUAAAACAGCCCAUUCUCUUUUCAGUAUGUUGACUAAUCUCAGGCCACCAUAUUCUUCCAUAAUCAUUUUAAUUCUAGCUUGUUUCCUUCCUUUGAUUCUAUGAGGUUUUAUUUCUUCUAGUGUGACCUUUCAUAGUUGAAGGUCACUUUUUGAGAAGCCUGUGCAUCUUAUGGUUGCAACUUUUAGCCACUUCAGUGUAAGGCCAGGUCCCAGCAACUCGAUGGGUUUGUAAUGUAGUUCAGGGUGGCAGUCUUCCCCUUUUUGGUUUGGAGGCCUUUAAAUUACCUUUCUGACAUUCUGGAGUGGACUAACCAUUGUAUGUGCCUCAAUUAACCUUUCAACUUUCACAGUGUGGACAGAGAGAGAAAUUAGGCAGUUUCUUGCCCUGAUGACACCUCCAGGGAAAAGUACCAAACGAUCACCGUAUCUUUCAUUGCUUUCCUUUCUCAUUAAAGUGUGACAUCACAGAUACUUCUGCUGCCAGCACUGCACCCCCUCUCACACUGGGGUGCUGUUUGAAUACGAAAAAUUACCCAAAACCUCAGGGCUUAAGUACCCGAAAAAUGCACGAGCAACUUACAGAAGUAGUAGUUUCUCAAUUGUUUUAUUGUUUCAUUUGUGUUUGUAACACUUUAUAUUCUCUUGGACAUUCCCUGUUUUUUUCCCUUCAUGUUUCCUUUCUUAAGACAUAAACAUUUGUAAAUGGCAAAUAUACACAGGUGGGAUCUAGGCACAACUGUGCAUUGACAGGGAAAAAGUUUACUUGUAUCUAGGAUCUAUCUGACUUUUUAAAAUUGACCAGUAGUAAAUUAGUCUCUCGUUUGGUCAUGCUGUGGACAAAUACUACCCUGGGAUUCUCACAUAAGUACAAAGGGAAGUGAAACGACGUUUCUUUGUUAGCCUUGGUGAUCUUUUUUAAAAAAUUCCUUGUGACUCAUAAUCAUGACGUAAUUGUUUUCAUGUGGUUUUUAGAGGUUUUUUUCUUUAAAAAUCUUUGCUGUAGUAAGUCACAUGUUUGCCAUUAUACUGUUUGGGUGGGCUAUGGUUCUUACAGUACCUGUCUUCUGUAACUAGUAAAAGACCUCCUAAGUCUCCAUCUCUAAAAGCAGUGCAGCCUGUAAAGCUUUCUGGAUUUCUUAAUUGUGUAAUAAGAUGAACUGAAAUACGUCUUCUUUAGUACUGCCUGAGUUUGGAUUAACUUUUUUCCUGGUAUUUAAAAAUGCUGAGGAACUUAACUUACGAAACAUUUUCCUAGGGAUGCACAGUAUCAGCUCAAUAGCUAGUCAGCCUGGGGAAGCAGAGCAGAGUUACAGUGGUGAUGCAAUACUGGAGACCGGAAUCCAGUCCAGGAGAGAAGGUGGUCUGGGGUAAGAGUAGACAGACAAUAGGGGAGUCGUGGGAGUGAGGCAUGGAAGUGUCCUAUGAGUGUAAAUACCUACUUCAGUAAUUAAGGUAACUGCUUCCUCUGUUAACAGAUAAUGUAGACUGUUGGAAAUUGUUUUAAGUGAUGACAGUGUGUAGGGUAAAAAUUACAAACUAAUCCCUGAGAGAGAUUAUUGUCAUAAUGCAGUGUUUCAAGUGUUUGUUAUUUUUGAAUAAUAUCUUACAUUUAUAUAAUGCCUUAAUUUUAACAAAGCAUUUUUUAACAUUAAAACAAUGUGAUGUUUACAUCAACCUGCAAAGCUAGGGCAAAUAUGAUUCCCAUUUUAUAUUUUUUUCUUACUGUAAGUGUGUAAAUACGUAUUCAUUUGGCAAUAUGUAAAAAGAGCCUCAACAGGGUUGACCCAGGAAUGUCACUUACAGGAAACUAUCUUAAGAAAGUAAAUCAGAAAUCAGGUGGAAUGUCAUGCCCAAUGGUAUUGACAUCCACAUUCUGUAUAACAGUGAAAAUGGAAUUAACAUCGAUGACCUACGAGAGUGAAGUGGUUGAAUAAAUUGUGCUAUUUCCAUAGGAUAGAAUGUUCUGUACUAUUCCUUAGAGUUUUGAAUCAAAUGAACAGUUGUUUUAUGUAACAGGAUCAUGUGGGAGGUUUUUUUGGUAUCCUCUGUUUCUCAAACUUCCUACAAAGAAACAAAUUACUUUCAAAAUCUUGGAAGCAAUAAACAUACUUGGAAAAAUUAAAAUAGUCACAUUUGGCAGAGGACAUUAUUGCUCACCUCUCCAGUAUGAGUUCGCUUCUGCCCUUCUUCCCAGCAGAGCACCAAGUUUGUUUACUCCAGAGACAGUCCUUCUGGCAACUGCUGUGUUGAAACCGCGGACCAACUUGAGGACACCGAGUGGAGAUGUCCAAAGAAUCAGUGCCUCGAUGAUGGAGUUGAACCACUGCCCGGCUUGUAUGGGAGCCCCGGCCUGCUCUGGACUUGCCCAUUUGUGUGAGAUGAGAACACGCCUUGUGUCACAGCAAGCUAGGUUUUCUGUUAACCUGGAGCUACAAGGAUCCUAACUGAUAGAGUAUUCAUUACAGUAGCGGGGAGUACCGCUUACAGUUUCAGAACCCAGAUGUCAGCAAUGCUAACAUUUCCUGUUUUGGGGUGAGCGUUUUAUGCAUGUUACAGAUACAGUAUUUCCCUUAAUAUUAUGGUGUUUUUUCCACGCUAUUUUUUUUUUCACUUCGUUAACAUCAUUUUAAUUACUGUAAUAUUUGGUACACUUUAGCAAAAUUAAUAUGGCUAAGUAUUUCUACUUUGUGGGUGUGUCUAUUGCUUUCCAAAGCCUCGUUGUUAACAUACAGCAUGACAGCUAACAUUUUCUUUGUUAAUACUCUGGUAUUUUGAAGUCUUCUCUAUGCUAAAUAGCCAGAAGUAGAAUGCCAGAUUUGGGUAUUUCUAAUCCUCUGGACCAUUUGCCAGUCUCCUUCCUAAAAAAGGUACCAAUUUAUACUCCCACCAGUAAUAUAUCCAAGUACACACUUCACUGCACCCUCUCUGACAGCAUUUCUUAAAUCGCUAUUUUGAUACAUGGAACAGUUUCCCGUAUAUUAAUUAUGUUGCGCAUGGGUGAGGGCUUUCCUCAUAGAGCAGUCCUGCUAUUGCUGGUAAUCGCUUAUUUACCAACUCCACACUAUGUGAGAGGUUUUCUCUGAAAUCCUUCAUGUAGAUUUUCAUAUUUAAUAUUCCCACCUCUGUGGCUUAUUACUACUAUUCUCGUUUUACGUAUGAGAAAAAUGAGUCACAGUGAUUCUGUAACUCUCCCAGCUUACCCAGCUGGUAAGUGUGAAGAUGUGUGCCAGUCUUCACUGGGUUCUGCUGCAAGUCACCGAGAGUCCCGACUCGGUGGUUUCUCUUCUCUCUCAAGUCCAGCAAGGUCAGCUUAGAGAUGCCACAGUGAGGGCGCUGUGCUGUCGUCCCCUCGGGCCGCUCGCCCUUUGUGUGCCCCCCCUUAGUGCAGCUUUUGUCCUCACGGUUGCUGGUGGCCGAUGUGCCUCUAGGCCUUGAGUUUACCUUCCGUUCAGAAACAAAAGAUGAAAAUGAAAGCCCGAUACAAGACUUCUAAAUUACACUGAAUGGAAUAAUGUCACAAGGGCCCCAAGAGGGGGCUGAUGUAU